AUGACCGUCCCUCAGGUGUCCGAAUGCGCCCCGGACCACUUCAUCCUGCCAGACCUUGUCUCGCACUGCAAGUUCCCGCUAUCUGUCCAGCCAAAUGCGCUUGCAGUCGCAGCCGACUCCGAUCGCUGGCUCGACCAGGGCUGUCCUGAGCUCUCGCCGAAAAAGCGUCAUGCGGUUUACACCCUGCAAGCCGGUAUCCUCACCGCGCAGUGCUACCCUCACUGCGACGACGAGCACAUGCGCGUGGUCGCCGAUUUCCUCGUCUACCUCUUUCACCUAGACAACAUGACCGACGUGAUGGUUGCGGCAGGCACAGAGCAGCUCGCUGAUCUCGUCAUGAAUGCGCAUUGGGUCCCCGACAAGUACUUGCCUACCCACGCGUCAGGCAAGGAGCAGCCGCCGGAGGAGCCGAGCGCGGCCAAGCUUGCCAGAGACUACUGGUCGCGCUGCGUCAAGGAUGCGAAACCUGGUCCACAAGCGCGCUUCAAACAGAACCUCGACCUGUUCUUCUCGGCCGUUCAAAUACAGGCUGCGAAUCGCACGGCAGGUAUCAUUCCAGACAUAGAGUCCUACAUCAUCGAUCGCCGGGACACUAGCGGCUGCAGACCAGCCUUCGAUCUUAUUGAAUAUUCUAUGGGGAUUGACCUGCCUGAGUUCGUCCUCGAAGACCCCGUCAUCGUUGCCCUCAGCAACGCGUCCAACGAUCUUGUGGCGUGGAGUAAUGACCUCUUCUCAUACAACGUCGAGCAAGCUCGCGGCGACGAGACCCACAAUAUGAUUACGAUUGUCAUGCACUAUCAGGGCGUCGGACUACAGGAAGCCGUCGAUUAUGUCGGUGAACUGUGUCGUCAGACUAUCAACGCCUUUGCCCAGAACCUGGAGCACAUCCCGUCUUGGGGUCCAGAGAUCGACAGAGACGUCCAGAUCUACGUGAAAGGUCUUCAGGACUGGAUCGUCGGUUCGCUUCAUUGGAGCUUCAUCACGCACCGCUACUUUGGGCCCUUGGGACCAGAGAUCAAGAAGACACGCUACGUGAAGCUGCACCCGAAGAAGAAACCCCAGACAAGUGCUUGAACGCUUAGAAUGCUCCUCCAUAUCACCUUCCAGGUUAUGUUUUGCAUGUCCCAGGACGUUUGUUGUAUGCCCCUUCGUUGUACUGUAGAUUUCGCACCGCCUGACCGGCGCCCUUUUCGACUUCGCACCACUGAUACAUUAGACCCCCUACCUCCCUACCUUACUGUCUUGCGCUGUGUACUAUUAGUGUACUUUACCUGAUGCCCACCUGUAUUAUCAACGUGUCGUCGAUGAGACCAGACCAAGCAAGUCAUCAAGCUCGCUGUGUCAAAGCCGUGUCCAGUCGCGCCGCAUAUCAAGUCCAACUCACCGUAG